AGAUGUAAGAAGUGUUGGAGGGAUUAAGAAAAAACGAUUUUUAGGAUGCCCCGUAGACUUGGCCACCAUUUGGAUCGAAGGCAACAAGUGCACAGUGUUCCUUGUCUGGGGGAUCUUUUAACUGCGAGACCUUCGGGACUUACGGAACCGGAAGCAUGGGCAAUUCUUUGUCAAGCUGUGCAAGCUUUACAGGAUUUAUUUCUUUCUGACGGUGCAUCGAACGGCUCGAGCACCCCUUUCGUCACCCCAUCCACCCUUCUAUUGUCGGGUAGGGGGAGAGUGAAGUUCCAGGCGACUUCUUUUACAUUCGGGGGACCCCCUUCACACUUGAGUGGCUACUUAUCUCCCGAAUAUAAACCAGGAAAACCAUGCAGCGAUACCGAAAUCGAAAAGAUGUGGAUCUUUGCGUUGGGCGAAACGCUGAAGAGGGCCACCCUCACGAGUCACUCUGCCACAUCGAGGCUGAGUGGCGAACUAUGUCGCGUCCUAACGGACAUGACCAAGCCCGAGGCCACAUCCAGAGCUUCCCUUAUGCAUCUCCUCGACAUAAUAUCGGAAUAUUGUAAAAGACGUCAACAAACACGACCCUUUUCCCAUAUUGUCAUGGAUCUUCAUCAAGAGGCAAUGGCAGCUUUAGAAACAGCUUUGGAUACCCCAUGGGGACCACCAGCUAUGCCAGAACUAAGGAGUUUGACAAGAAAUAGGUAA